AUGGGUGUGAUGUCAAAGCCCAUACAUUCAGGCUGCGCCACGUACAUGAGCAGUCAGCAACCCCUUAUCCGCGGCAAUGCAUGGCCUGUUGCAAGAGAAUUCGCCCGUCACACGGUGAAAACGGACACAGCUCCCGUAAAUUGGAAGCCGCAGUUUACGCUCAUUGGCGGUUUGGUAGGCGGCGUAGAUAUUCCGGUGGUGUGGGUUGUUCCCAGGAGAAUGGGCCCUUUUUUGGCCAGAAGCGUAAUCGAGGGCUAG